AUGCUUGCAAUUUGGAUUACUGCGGGCAUUGGUGUAUUAAUUGGCUUCAUUUCAUUUACAAGAAAGUCUAAAGUAGAAUUUAAAAAUAGACAUGUCUUGGUUACCGGUGGGUCUGAAGGCAUUGGAUUAUCCGUGGCUAUUAGGUUAGCCAAAAAAGGAGCAAAUAUUUCGUUACUUUCGCGCACAGACGCGAAGUUAAAAGCUGCAGCAGCAACUUUGCGAGCAAAUAUGGAAGAGUCGCAAAGGGUCACUACCGUUGCGUGUGAUAUCUCUGCUAGCUAUCAGAAAGUGAAGGACGCAAUCGAUCAGGCUUGCUCAGAACUAGGACCAGUUGAUGCUCUAAUUAAUUGUGCAGGUACAUCAGUUGCAUCUGCAUUUGAAAAUACUGCCGUAGAAGACUUUGAACGCUUAAUGAGGCUUAACUAUCAUGGAAGUGUGUUUGCAACAAGAGCUGUUAUUGACGGUAUGAAAUCUCGGAGAAGUGGUACUAUUGUUUUCACCUCUUCUCAGGCGGGUCAGAUUGGCCUUUAUGGUUAUACGGCUUAUAGUGCCUCAAAAUUUGCUCUCCGAGGCUUAGCAGAAUGUUUACGGAUGGAAGUUAAGCCUUAUGGGGUUAACGUUUCAAUAGCUUUUCCACCAGAUACAGAUACUCCUGGAUAUAAAGAAGAAAUCGAAAGAGGAGUUCCGGAGGAAACCGUGAUUAUUAGCAAAUCGUCGGGAUUAUAUACAUCAGAUUUCGUGGCUGAUAACAUUCUAAAGGGAAUUACGAACGGAGAUUUUUUUAUCCCCGUUGGCUUUGAAGGAAAUGUUUUGACAAUAAUAACAGCUGGUAUGGCUCCAGCGGCGUCAGUGAUCGACGGGAUCAUACAAAUUAUAUUACUCCCCAUCCUAAGGAUAUCUGCAUUUUUUUACCAAUUUCAAUUUGGUAGAAUCGUUUCUCAAUGUAUGAAAAAGAAAAACUUGGGUCAAAACAAACGCGACUGA